AUGGCUCGAGAGGUCGGCUGGGGCCGCUCGGGCUUUGCCAUUGCACAAGCUCUUCUCCUGCAGGCCCAGGUGUUGUAUCCCUUCUUCCUCCUACUGGCCUUUGGAGUCAUUUUCGCGGUUCAUAGUGUGAUCGCGUCACGACGACAAGAAGAUAUUGAGCCCCCCACCGCUACAGGCCCAGGUGGCAAGCCCCUGCCCGUCACCAGGAUAAAGGUCGAGAAGUCUGAGGCUCUCGACGCUGCAGCUACAGACUUCUCACCGCGCGCCUCCCUCUGCUUCAAGGCCGGCACUGCUGUGGUUGUGCUCACCUUUGUCGCACAUGUGGCACACAUUGUCCUUCAGUGUAUCCAGGCAGGUUGGUCCAAGACUGACCGGUUCUCCAACGAUGAGCUUCUCGUAUACAACCUGGGCGGCAUCUUCUUCUGGCAGUACAUCGAAUUCUCGCUGUUUGGAAAGAAGCUGGACAAGCCGAACCCCAUCCACUUCACAGUCUGGUGCAUCGGACUUGCAUACGAAUUGAUCCUCCUCCUCCUCGCCUUCCUUGUGGUCCCCAACGGCAGUGGCAGACUUCACAAGUUGACCUCGAAUAGCAGCAGCAGCAGCAACAGCCCUCUGGAGCUGCGCGACACCAACUCGAACCGGAAACCAAUCCCGGCCGACGCCACAUUUCUCUCCGUCUUAGUCAUCCGCACCUGCACGCUGACUGGAUUGGUCGUCCUCUACGUCUGCCUCCGCGGCCUCACAAGAACAUUUCAUUGGUCUUCGACGACGGACGCCCUGGCCAGUAGUGCUGACGAAGCUACGCCGCUGCUGAAUGGUGGUGGUCAUGCGACGGGCCACGAGGCUAACGUCCACGCGCUGGCGAACGGUCAUGCGAACGGCGGCGGCGGUGCGGCCGAGUUUGCCUUCUACCGCCCAGAGAAGCUGCCUCACCGCUCCUGGUGGGAGUACCUGCGUGGCUACCGCGUCUUCUUCCCCUACCUGUGGCCCGCGAACGAACCCAGGCUCCAGCUGCUGGUGCUGGUCUGCUUCAUCCUCGUGGUCCUGCAGCGUGCCGUCAACGUCCUGGUACCCAUCCGCCUGGGCAUCCUGGUCAACGCCCUGGCCGAAGCCUCCAAGACGGGCAGUGCUGCCAUGCCGUGGCGGGAGCUCGUCAUCUUCCUGAGCCUGAAGCUGAUGCAGGGCCCGUCGGCCAUCCUCGGCUCUCUCCGCUCCAUGCUGUGGAUCCCCGUCACCCAGCACUCGUACAUCUCGCUGCAGACGGCAGCCUUCGAGCAUGUCCACUCGCUCUCGCUGGAUUUCCACCUCGGAAAGCGGACCGGCGAGCUGCUAUCUGCACUCAACAAGGGCGGCUCCGUCAACCAGUUCCUCGAGCAGACCACCUUCCAGGUAGCCCCGACCCUGCUGGACCUCUUCGUCGCUAUCGGCUUCUUCUGGGUCGAAUUCGGUCCCAUCUAUGCCCUCUGCGCCACCAUCAUCACCUUCUCUUACCUCGUCCUGACCAUCAACAUGGCGUCGACCAGGGCCGACCAAAGACGCGACAUGGUCAACGCCGACAGGGAGGAGGAGGCUGUGAAGAACGACUCCAUCACCGCCUACGAGACUGUCAAAUACUUCAACGCUGAGCCCUUUGAGUUUACUCGCUACCGAGGUGCUAUCAAGACCUUCCAGAACGCCGAGGCGAGGGUCACGGCCGGCAUGAACAUGAUGAACAUGUGCCAGACCGUCGUCUUCGUCAGCGGUAUGCUGAUUGUCAUGACCAUUGCGGCGUACGAGGUGGUCAUUGGGCGCCGCGACAUGGCGCAGUUCAUCAUGGUCAUGACAUACCUGACCCAGCUGCAGGGGCCGCUCAACUUCUUUGGGUCCUUUUACCGCACAGUCCAGCAGGCCAUGAUCUCGGGAGAGCGUCUGCUGGAGCUCUUCAAGAUUCAGCCCAACAUGAACGACAAGCCCGGCGUCCCACCCCUUCAGGACUGCCAGGGACACAUCCGGUGGAAGAAGGUGGACUUCGACUACGCCAACAGUCCGGCACUGAGGGAUUUGUCUUUCGAAUGUCGACCUGGCACUACCACGGCUUUCGUUGGUGAAUCGGGGGGCGGCAAAUCGACCAUUUUCCGUCUCAUGUUUCGGUACUACAACACCAAGGAGGGCAACAUCGAGAUCGAUGGCCGAGAUGUUAAGGACCUGACCAUCGACUCGGUGCGUAAGGCGAUCGGUGUCGUGCCCCAGGAGACGAUCCUGUUCAACGAGACCAUCAGAUACAAUCUCAAGUACGCCAACCAGGACUGUACCGACGAGGAGAUCUUCGAAGCCUGCCGGGCAGCAAGCAUCCACGACCGCAUCAUGUCAUUUCCGGAUGGCUACGAGACCAAGGUUGGAGAGCGCGGCAUGCGUCUCAGUGGUGGCGAGAAGCAGCGCAUUUCCAUCGCUCGCACCAUCUUGAAGAAGCCCAAAAUCAUUUUGCUGGACGAGGCGACGUCGGCCCUUGAUUCCGAGACCGAGCAGCAGAUCCAGGGCAAGCUCUUCCAGAACAAGGAGCUGGGCGAGGGCAAGACCAUGUUGAUCAUCGCGCACCGACUCUCCACCAUCACCCAUGCGGAGCAGAUUCUUGUUCUCCACCGGGGCCGCAUCGUCGAACGCGGAACCCACGAUGAGCUGAUCACUAAAGAAGGCAGGUACUUCGCCAUGUGGCAGAAACAAGCCAAGGCUGAAGAGGCCGCCAAAGCUGCGCUUGCAGCCAAGCAGCAGGCUCGGAGGGCUAUGCGAGAAGCCCUUCUGUCCGCUGGGAAGGACAGUAGCGAUGAACACUCAGACGAUGAUACCGACAGCAGCAGGCAAGAAGGCAAAUGACGAGUAUGUUUUAUGCGUCGG